CUGAUGAGGCGGUGGUAGACGCCGAAGUUGACCAAUGUAUCGAAGAAAAUUCAGCUUCAAAACAUGGUUAAGUAGCCCUUCUUAGUCCGUCUUUCACCGAAGCUUCAUCGAAACUUCAUCGCGAUCGAUAGACCGUCUAUGACUCGUCCCAAAUCACUCUCCCGCGAACCAAACAUUCCUGUUCAGUCACUAGGGAGGCACCUUGCACGGAUGGGAUUGGAAUUGCUUUUCUUAUUUUCGCUACGAAAAGCUCCUCUUGUGAAAAAGUUUGCGGCACCUUCGAUUUGCUGAGAAGUGAAAAGACCUCCGUUUCUGCCCGUGGCCAUCACGUCCACGUGCUCAAAUAAUUUUCGUAUCAAGGUUUCGGGGUAAAAAUGUCGCGGAAAAAAAAUAUCCACAGUAUGGCCAUUUCAGUCAGGACGAGGUACCGAUACCUAGGUUAUUUACUACGUACAGUAACUGAUUAUCAGUACCGAACCCAGACCUAAAAUUACAAAAUGCAACCUCGGGUAUGUAUAUAUGUAGCUACUGUAUGAGAAUUCAGUACCCGAGGUGUAACCCCGGAUUUUGGGGGGUGUAUUGUCCACCCAUAGAAUUAUCAAGCAUUUUUGUUUAUUUCCUUCCCAAUAGCUAAUAUAAAAAUAUUAGAUACUGCUAUUGCUAUUUAUUAGACGAUCGGGCGAGAAAUAAUAUU